GGCAGCAGGAGCUCGCCACUCUGAUAACUUCAGUCUGCAAGCGAGCCUCUGCCCCAAACGAGGAAAAAUGAAUCAUGGAAAAGAGAAGGACAUUUGUAUCGUUUGAGGUUUUUGAAGUUUUUGUACAAUUACGGGUGCAUAACAUUUUGAAGUUUGAUUUUUGAUGCCUGGGACUCGUAGAUUAUUCCACUGAGGGUAUAGAGUUGUUGCUGUUCAUUUUUUCUUUUCUUUUUUUUUUUUUUUUGCAAGAAGCCCGUCAUGGAAAACUUGACCACAGACAACAUGACGGCGGACAAUGACACGUCUUCGGCGCAGCACAAUCACACCUUGGGUGUGUGGCGCGACUACGCGCUGGGGUACAAGGCGGUCAGUGUGUUUUUGGUGUCCCUCAUUUGCGGGCUGGGGAUGGUGGGCAACAUCAUGGUCAUCUUGGUGGUGCUGACCACCAAACACAUGCGAACUCCCACGAACUGUUAUCUCGUGAGCUUGGCUGCAGCCGACUUGAUGGUGCUUACUGCUGCCGGGCUUCCGAACAUUACCGACGCCCUGCAUGGGCAGUGGGUGUACGGAUACGCAGGCUGCCUGGGGAUCACUUAUCUCCAAUAUUUGGGGAUUAACGCGUCCUCUUGUUCCAUCACAGCAUUCACGGUGGAGCGAUACAUCGCCAUCUGCCACCCGAUCAAGGCGCAGUUCCUGUGCACUUUAUCGCGGGCGAAAAAGAUCAUCAUGCUGGUGUGGGCGCUUACGUCCAUCUAUUGCAUCAUGUGGCUCUUUUUGUCAGCCACUCAAACUUUGGUAUACGACAACGUCGUGCUCAUCAGCUGCGCCUACAAAGUAUCCAGGAGUCAAUAUCUGCCCAUUUACUUCAUAGAUUUUGCAGUGUUUUACGUAUUGCCCCUCAUGCUGGCCACAGUUCUGUAUGGACUCAUCGCCAGGAUACUUUUCUUAAAUCCGUUGCCUGCGGACCCCAAAGACAGCACCAGCAAGUGGAGGAGAGGAACUUGUAAAGUGGAAGGACGGAUGAUCAGUGCAAGCUCCUCCAGCAGCACCACUGCUGCUUCCCGCAGACAGGUAACCAAAAUGCUGGCUGUGGUCGUAAUACUAUUCGCCUUACUUUGGAUGCCCUAUCGGACCUUAGUAGUGGUCAACUCCUUCCUGGACAAAGCCUACCUGGACAACUGGUUCCUCCUCUUCUGUCGCCUCUGCAUCUACUUGAACAGUGCCAUCAACCCGGUCAUCUACAAUGUCAUGUCUCAGAAGUUCCGCUCUGCCUUUAAAAAGCUGUGUCACUGCGGAGCUCAGCACCUGGAAAAACCUACUUCAUGCAGCGUGGCACUCACCUACAGUGUCAUCAAGGAUAUGUCCAAUGCAGAAAGUCCUGAUCACUUUACUACAGAAAUGGAAGAGCUAAACACACCAAGCGACCACGUAGUGCCCACUGGAAUGCCGACAACUGCCAGAAAGAUGUUGCUUGAGGAGCCCUCCCUUUUGGGGAAAGGUGCUCAAACUUAAAAAAAAAAGACACAUUGACUGUGAACAAGUGAGAAAUUUAAUUUAACUAUGACUAUUUUAUUGCAUUGAUGAUACAAACUUGGCCACUGUAUGAGUUAUAAUAACAAAAUGUACAAAUGAGAGAGGAUCAUUUUUUAGAUCAUUUACUGUA